AAUUAGUGCAAAACAGGUUGGAUAAUGGUGCAGCAUGCCAUCAGGGCCCCACAAUGAAUUAACCCCCAACUUGCGUUCCCAAGAGAAGGUGGUGGGACUGCACGAAUUAACUACUGGGCCCUUUCCUCACGCACGUCUCUCUUUUUCUCUUCGUCUUCUUCACAACGCAGCCGCCGUUCCUCUUUCCCAGAUCGUGAAUCAAUCUCCAGCUCUUCACUAGCAGCCGCCGUUUCGUUCUCAAUCCCCCAGCUAUUAAUUUUAUUGCGAUUUCCCCAAAUUAUCCGUUGCAAUGAGCUGUGGAAUAGUUGCCGCCUUGCCGGUCCUGCGACCCGCGUGUGUCAGAAUCAAGUGGAGCCUGGAUCCCUGGAGGCCCUGCUCGUCAUAGAGAUUCGACUGCUUGGCAGGCCAGACAAGGCUACGAGUUCUUAGUCGCCAAAGCAACAAGCGUCUCCUCCCUGGCUCCCCCUGAUCUGCUUCUCACAUCAAUCAAAGACAAGUUGUUUCAUUCCUUUUUGACCGCAAGUUCAGUUUUUAGUUCCUUAUCUGUCGCUUAGUUUACUUUCUGCAAUGUCCUCUAGAAUUAGAAAGUGCCCGUCAGGAUAUGAAAAACGUCAGAAAAAGAAAAAAAAGAAACUUGAUGAAUCUCUGAAAGGUAGUCUUGAUGUGUUUUUUGUUAAAGAACCAAAGGUUUCUUCUGAAAAUCAGAGUGUAGAUGCUAAUACUAAUGAUGUACACGACGAUGACUCUAUCCAUACUGAAACUCAGGGCGAAGAGGUUAAUGUUGUUAGUAACAUGGAUGAGGUACAUGUUGAGAAUAAUAACCCCGAUGAAGCAAAUCAUGGCGAUGAAGUACCUGCUAAUGUUGAUGUUUCUUUGCAACCUGAUAUAUUCGAUCCUCGAAAUUGGGAUGGCCUUGAUUCUAAAGCAAUUGAUAAUUUGGUAGAGAAGGGUCCUAAGAGGGCGCCUAUCCAAAAGGGCCAUAAAGAUAAACUUGGUAGGAGAUUUUCUGCUGUGUUUUAUAGUAGAGGUUUGCCAAAUGGAGAAAUGUGUGAUAGAGAGUGGCUUGUAUAUUCUAAAGAGCUCAAUAGAGUAUUCUGCUUUUGUUGCAAAAAUUUUGGGAAGGGGCGUGCUAGAGGUCAUUUGGCGAAUGAGGGAUUUAGUGACUGGAUACACCUUAGUAUCAGACUUAGAGAGCAUGAAACCGGAGCUGAACAUCUUCAAAAUAUGGUCACUUGGCAUGAGUUGCGCCUCAGGUUGCAACAGAAUAAAACUAUUGAUAGCGCUGCUCGACAACAACUUGAGAAAGAAAAGGACCAUUGGCGUAAAGUAUUGCUUAGAAUUCUCUUGAUUGUUAAAUUUCUUGCGAAACAUAAUCUAGCCUUUCGUGGUACUAAUUCCAAAUUGUAUCAAGAUAGCAACGGAAAUUUCUUAGGCUUGGUUGAAAUGUUGGCUGAGUUUGACCCGGUUAUUCAAGAACAUGUUCGUCGCAUAACAAAUGAUGAAACUCAUACUCAUUACCUUGGUCAUGGCAUCCAAAAUGAGUUAAUACAUUUGAUUGCUUCUGCAAUUAAAUCUGAGAUCAUUAAAAAAAUAAAAGAAGCAAAAUAUUUCACGGUGAUACUUGAUUGUACCCCUGAUGCGAGUCACCAAGAACAGAUGUCUUUGAUUAUACGGUAUGUUGAAACAUCUUCAAGUUCUGUUUCCGUUGUAGAAUCCUUUUUAGGAUUUUUGGAUGUAAAUGAUACCACUGGAAAAUGACUCUUUGAGGUUUUGCAGGAUGAAUUAAAGAACCUUGAUCUAGACAUAGACAAUGUGAGAGGGCAGAGCUACGACAAUGGAUCAAACAUGAAAGGUAAGAAUCUGGGGGCUCAAGCCUUGCUUUUGAAUAUAAAUCCUAGAGCUUUUUAUUCUGCAUGUGGGUGUCAUAGCCUUAAUUUAACAGUAUGUGAUAUGGCCAAGACUUGUGGUAAAGCUAAGGACUUCUUUGGAAUCAUACAACGUAUCUACACAACAUUUGCUAAUUCCACGAAGAAAUGGAAGAUUUUGAAAGAUAAUAUAGGAGAUGGAUUGACUCUGAAAUCAGUCUCAUCUACUCGUUGGGAGAGUCACAUAAAUAGUGUCAAAGCUAUUAGGUUUCAGAUUUCAGACAUACGAAAAGCUCUACUGCAAGUAGCUGAUGUCGAUAAAGAUCCUAAAACUAGUAGUGAAGCUAAAUCUCUAGCAAAUAAUGAACUUGGUGAUUUCGAAUUUGUAGUAGCGAUAAUCAUUUGGUAUGAUAUAUUGGCUGCAGUAAAUUUGAUUAGCAAGGACUUACAGUCAAAAGAUAUGCUUAUUGAUGUUGCCAUUGAAAAAGUGCAAGGCUUGAUUACCUUUUUUAAAGGUUACAGAGACACUGGUUUCACUACUGCAGUAGAAAUAGCAAGGGAAAUAGCACUUGAAAUAGAUAUCGACCCUGCAUUUCGGAAAAAGCGUGAAAUUAAAAGAAAAAAACAAUUUGAUGAGAAUCCUGAUGAUGUGUUAGAUGCUUCACAAUCUGCACAAGAGUCGUUUAGGAUAAACUACUUCUUACCUGUUGUUGAUCAAGCUAUUGCUUCACUUACUACGAGAUUUGAGCAAUAUAAAUCAUACGAAAAAACUUUUGGUUUCUUGUUUACUUCUCAUGCACUAAACUCAUUGGAUGAUAAAAAUUUGAGGUCUUCUUGCAGUAGCCUUGAGACUGCACUUAGAAGUGGUGACAAAUCUGACAUUGAUGGUAAUGAUUUAUAUGUUGAGUUAAAGUUACUCCAAGAUUUCAUUCCAAAGGAAAAAAAUAUGGGACCUAUUGACAUUUUAAAUUUUUUGAAACGCUUGAAUUGUUUUCCCAAUGCAACUAUUGCAUAUAGAAUUUUAUUGACCAUCCCAGUAACCGUUGCAUUGGCGGAGAGAAGUUUUUCUAAACUAAAGUUGUUGAAGUCCUAUUUGCGUUCUACAAUGACACAAGAAAGACUUAGUGGACUGACUUUGAUAGCAAUUGAAAACGACAUCUUGGAGAAUGUAUCUUACGAGGAACUAAUUGAAGAAUUUAUCUCAAGGAAUGCAAGAAGGAUGUCACGCUUCUGCUAGAUAAUGUAUUAUUUUUUAGUUUCUAGAAUCACUUUUGCGACAAGAUGUUAUUCAGAAGAUUGUACUAUGUACCAACAUGAUAUAUAAUAGUAAUAAUAAUAGCAAUUAGAUCCUGUUUUCCUCAUUGCCACUUGCUAUGCCGAGGGCCCAUUUUCUGAGUUUGCACCGGGCCUCCA